UGAUAAUGUGUAGGCAUUUCAUCUCGCUCAGUGUUACUGGCAACACACACUCUUGUGUCAAGGUUUGAAAGACUGGUGUGAGGGGUGCGUGGAUGCGACAAGCCAGCAGCACAAAACAACAGCUAAACCAUUGCCUCUGAAUGCAGACUUGUGGUGGAAGCCAGAUUUUCCUGGCCAGGAUGUGCAUUUUGUACACAUUGUCUUGUGGAGAAUCACAAAUUGUAAUGUUGUAGACUCAGCAGUGAUCUGUGAGUUUAAACUAGCCAAACAGCUUCUGCCGGCUUUGUUACUACUUCACACAUUCACAGUGAGACAACAGUCACUGAGAAAAGAAAUCCGCUCAUUUUAACAGUCAGCACUAUGAAGGCUUGCUUGCAAUCUGGAUUGGAUACAAAUACUGCAAAGACCAACAGAUUAAGUCUGUUUGGACUUGUCUUCUUGCUGUGGAAUUGUUCAAUGAUUGCUUCUGUGAUUGGAGCACCUGGUGGUAAUAGGAGAGAAGACUAUCCUCCACGGAUAACUGAACAUCCUCAGAGUGUGAUUGUCCCAAGGGGGGAGCCUACUACCCUGCGAUGUAGGGCAGAUGGAAGGCCAGACCCAACAAUAACGUGGCUGAAGGAUGGAGAGAGAUUAGACCUGUUAUCGGGUGAUGGGCAUCGCUCCAUGCUCAACCCCGGAGAACUCUUCUUCUUACGUGUCAUUCACAGUAAAGGAAACAAUGCUGACGUGGGCACCUAUCAAUGUGUUGCCACCAACUACCUUGGAGAAGCUGUCAGCAACAAUGCUACGUUGGAAGUAACCUAUAUCAAGGAUGAUUUUCGGCGGGAGCCAGUACCCACUGAGGUAGAAGGGGGUGAGCCUGUGGUGUUAGAAUGUCAACCCCCCAGAGGUUACCCAGAGCCCACCGUCACCUGGAGCAAAGAUGAUGAAGAUGUGAUAGUAGAUGGAGACAGAGUCAAGGUGCUACAAGAUGGAAACCUCAUGAUAUCACAGUCUCGGGCGAGUGAUGCAGGCAGCUACGUGUGUACAGCCAGCAACCAGAUGGGUUCCCGUAGCACCGAUCCUGUCUACCUCACUGUCAAAGCCCCACCAUUACUGGUACAUCCUGUACAAGAUAUCAUGGUAGGCCCUGGUACCACAGUCCUGAUUGGCUGUGACGUGAUUGGUGAUCCUAUCCCUGUAGUCACAUGGUCCAAGCAAAGUGGGGAGCUCCCACCAGGAAGAUACAGUAUACUGGAGGACAACUCAUUACGCAUUCGUCAGGUAACUCAAGAGGAUGAAGGGGUCUAUGUUUGUGAAGCAGUCAACUCUAAUGGCCGAGUACAGGAUGAUAUGAUGUUGACCGUUAGUGUGAUCCCCACCUUUACCCAGGCACCAAUGGACAGGACUGUAGAGAUCCAUCACACAGCAUCAUUCCAAUGCCAAGCUACAGGCAGCCCAACACCGGCAAUCGUCUGGAAGAAAGAAGGCAGUCAGGAAGAGCUGCUUUUUGUGGAUAUGCAGAGUGGUCGUCUUCAAGUGACAAGCGAUGGAGAGCUACAUGUCACUGAUGUGAGGGAGGAAGAUGAAGGGUACUAUGUAUGCACGGCUCACAGUGGCUCCAGUGUGAUAGAAGCCAGAGCAUUCCUGCGAGUCAUAGCCUCUGUCAGCCAGCCACCUCCGAUUAUCAACUACGGUCCCAGCAACCAAACUCUCAUUGUUGGUACUGUAGCACUACUAACCUGUGAAACAGCAGGUAACCCCGCCCCAAGUGUGCGAUGGACAAAGAAUGGUGCUCCAUUACAUGCCAGUGAUACCAGAUUUACAGUGUUAGACACUGGCCGAUUGCAAAUAUCUGGCUUGUUUUUGGAGGACUCUGGGAUGUAUAGUUGUAUUGCUACCAAUAGCAGUGGACAGACAAGCUGGAGGGCAUAUCUACGUGUUAUUGAGCGAAGUGAAGCAUCAGACAUCCCUGUAUUGCAAGCUCCCAACAUUCAUGAACUGCCUGCUUCUCCUGGACAGCCAACAGCUAGUAAUAUAACCAGGACAUCAUUGACUCUGAGUUGGUUACCGCCAAGUAGAACCAGCCCUCCUCUCUCACCUAUCACUCAUUACAGACUGGAAUACUUCAGUCAUGAAGUGGCCUCGGAGUGGCAGAUUGUGCCCGCUCCCUGCAUGGGACAGACGUGUCUGGUUCAACAAUUACGACCAGGAACUACCUACCUGUUCCUAGUCAGAGCAGUGAAUGAUCGAGGUAUUGGCCCACCUGGUCCCAUAUCUCAACCAAUCACAACCAGAGAUGUUCUGUCAGCAAUUCCGUCAGAGCAGUCUACUUUGAUUGAGGAGUGGUUACAGAAGGCAAGAGUGGAUAUCACUAAUGCUAUGGUGUUGAGCCCAACAGCUGUCAAGGUUCUAUGGGAGGUGAGGCAGCAUCAUGAAUUUAUUGAAGGCUAUCACCUGAAGUACUUUGCGGCAUCUGACACUAAUGGAUUCACCAUGCAGACAGUCCUUGGCUCAACCAAUAAGAUUAUUACAGGAUUGACACCUAAUACAGGCUAUACCAUCACUGUACAGCCAUUCAACUCUGGACUGAAUGGACCUGAGUCUGAUCCUGUUGAUGUUGACACUCAUAGUCAAGGUGAUGAGCUGCCUGAGUCACUCAUUGACAAUCCUGUACUGCAAGGCAAACUCAACACAUGUGGAACAACUAUAGUUAGUAUAGAGCCUAUUGGCUCUACCUCACUCAAGAUCACAUGGAGGGUCAGCAAGAAUGAACCAUACAUUGACGGCUACCACAUCAAGUAUAGUGUGCAAGACAGCCAUGAUAUGAUCAUUCAGACAGUGACUGGAUCUAACAUUAAGCUGUUGACAGACCUGACUCCAUGGACAUGGUACAGAGUCACAAUACAACCCUUCAAUGGGCUCUACCUGGGACCUGAAAGUCCCCAUCAAGAUGCUAGGACACAGUCUGGUGUGCCCACUUCUGCUCCACGCAAUGUCCAGGUGGUAAACAAUGGAACAGCUGCCAUUCUAGUUACCUGGAACCCUCCCCUUGCAAGCACAGUGCAAGGAGUCAUUGCUGGCUAUAAUGUGUAUUGCCUUGCAUAUACGGCAGCACUACACAAAAAUGUGACCACUGAAGCUGGUCAAUUGUCAGUGCGUGUGACUAGGCUGUUGGUAGGCGAGGUGUACAAGUUGAGUGUAGCUGCAUUUACUACAGCAGGCGAAGGGCCUUCCAGUUCUGUAAUACGUGUCCAAAUCACCCAAGGUGGAGGAGACGGACUUGAUUGGGAGGAUGACGGUGAUGACUCUGGUAGUAUUGUCACCCAGCCCUGGUUCAUUGCUAGUUUAGCUGUCUUCUUCCUCUUGAUUUUACUGUGUAUCAUUGUGUUUGUCUGGAGGAGACGUAAGCAAUAUAAACUAGCUGGUACCAUCAGUAAAGGACCAAUCAGCAGGGACAAUGCAGCAGCAGCACAUAAUAUGGGGAUCGGCAGUUCUGGUCAGUUUGUAUCUAGCAACCACAGCAGCGUACAAAGCAGUUUACAGAGAAGCCAAGGCUGGGUCAAUCCAUCACAGCGCCCUCUACCUUCAACUGUCGGUCUAUUGUCAGAUACAUCUGAUCACCAUGGUAACAGGCCUUGUGUGCCUAUUGGCUCAGCUUCAUCCUCACUCAACAGAGCAGAAUACUUGCAGCCUAACAAUACUGCAUACUGGCUACUGGAAGCUUAUGAUCCUGAGUCCGGUACCUUGAGGCAAUAUGAUACACAACAACCUGGUUCUAAUGGGAGACGAUGUCACCAGUGUCCACCCAGUCACUCAUGCUACGGAAGUGGUGGACCAGUGUAUGCUGUGGUUGAUAAUGCAGAUGAUGAUGAUGAAGAUGCUGUGUAUGCAGGUGAUGUGGUGCAUGGUCCUCAUUCAGCACUAACCUUGCCAAUGCCUAGAUGUCCAGAACACACCAAGGAAAAACUUACCGUCAGUAACUCCUUACCACCACAUGUGACAGAGCCCUAUGCAUCCACUACAUUGAUCAUGCCCACCAACGUGUCUGAGAUGAGGCCUCCGUGCAGUCACAGCGGGUCAUCUGAGCAGUCAGCUGGAAGCAGUCAAAGUGCUGCAAGAAAGGACCACAGAGGGCGCCAUAAUCCUGCUGACAGCAGUAGUGGAGGCUCAACACAACAAGGAGAUCGUGUCAGCAGAAAGAAACGCCACAGAGGUGGUUCCAACCAACCAGCACGCAACUGGACAGAGUUACUACCCCCUCCCCCAGAACAACCUCCUACAGACAUCGAUUCACCCACAGAAAUAACCUGUCCUGCCCCAACUUGCUCUCAUGCACCCACCAAUCUACAUAUGGAGCAAGCAAAGUAUUGUCAGGAUAUGGAACGUAGUAAAAAGAAAGCACCACCUCCACCACUGAGACAGUGUUGUUCCUCUCCCCCAGUCAGUGCUAGUGAUAGGCAACAGACAGUGCCAUCACAUAGACAACCACCCACAAACUCAUUACCUAAAACUUUAAACAGCAAUAGGAGUAGUACCCCUGUAGACCGAAGGCAGCAGCCCCAUAGUGAAGUGUCUGACAGGCCCUCAGAUCCUGAUCACUCACAACGGGGGGUGCCUUACCUAGCUUCCAAGCGGCUCUUUGAGGAUCCUAGGCAUGAGCAACUUGGCAAGGAGUUGUUGGAGUUUAAUGAUGAUAUGUCACAGAGUGAGAUACUAUCGGAUAAUGAGGACUUGACUGGUAUGUUGCCCACAUCAACCUCACAUGUAGACCAAGGUCUGCACCAUAAUCCUGUUGGUUACAUGCCCAGUGGUAGCCAGAUACCACACCUGUCACAGACAGAAGAUGACACAGAUUGUGCUGGAUCCUGUACAGAUGCAAUGCUUGGUUCCUGGUCCUCCAUGAAUGGCAGCUCUAGUAGUGGUCGUCAUAGCAGCGUCAGUGAGAGCUCAGAGGGCUCUUUUUUCACUGACGCUGAUUUUGCUAGCGCAGUAGCAGCAGCCGCUCAGAAUUCUGGGAUGCAAGUCGUUGGCUCAACAGUCACUGAUCCUAGAACAGGUAAGAAGCAUAGUCGACAUGGAGGUCGCCAUGGUCACACGGAUCAAGCACGCCAAGCUGCCCAUGCAGGUAGCAAGCUGCCAUCUCAUAUUAACUUGUCAACAUUUAAACCUAUGACAGCAGGUGGUAUAGAGAUGAACGGUACCUCGCAGUCUAGUCCUGCUAAGACAAGCCAGAGUCAUCCUCUAGUGCUUCAAGAUACCAACGGUGCAGGAUUGACUGUCACAGCUAACCCUUUGGCAUUUGCUAUGGAGGAUUCCCAAAUGUGAUUGAAAUAGAAUUGCAACACUUUUUUGUAUUUCAUAUAUCUUUUCUAUGUUGUACUACUAAUAAUGUCAAAGACAUGUUCUUGUAUGUGAUGAGAAUGUGUGAAGCCAAGCAGUCCUUUCAACUACUUUUUCUUAUUUAUAAACAAAUGUUUGAAAUGUUUGCUCUGACGCAUUUUGGCUUUGUGUUAUUUAGAAAUACUAAAGUGCUUUGUAGAAAACAGAGAGUGUCCUUCAGCAAGACUUGUUUGGAAUGAAGAUGAUACUUUGGAAAGUACUGCAUAAUGUAUAUACUGGAUUGAUUGAAUGUUUAAACACGGUGAUGGACAGACAAGUAUCAAUGAUUGAUGUACAUCUUGCUUGUUGGGGAACAUACUGCAGCGGGAAUGCAGACCAACAUACUUACAACUAUGAGGCUGAAUAGGGAAAUGAAAAGUACAGGUUUAUAAAUGCUAAGCGUAAAUUUACCUUCUUCAUGCUUAACUGUCACUUGCAGUUAGGUGGUGUAAAUAAACUUAAUUUUUUCUAUUCAUUUAAAUGUCUGUAUUCAAGAUGUAUUUAUGUUAACCACAAAACUACUGAUAAGAAACUGAAAUUUCAAUAAAUGUCAAUGGAUUUACCACAUCUCUAAAACAACAUGUAGACACAUGUAUGUGUUGUGGUAGUGUGGGAGUGUAUGACCACCGAGUUGGGUGAUACAACAAUAAGUGUGGUUCAUUCUUAAAGCCAGAGAUGGAAAGUGAAUCAAAGUUGGAAAAAUGCUCAAAGCUUCAUCAUGAUAGUUGAUGAGGCCUUAUCCCUUCUUGGAAUGUACUUCAUUAUCUGUUACUUUAAGGACAACUGUUAUCUCAUCAGGGACCACUUAGUUUCUCUACUCAGCGAAUAUUAAUGCUACAGAAUCUACUGAGGUAAAAUUGGUCACCAGCCCAACUGUAUUUAGGUAUUGAUAUAACAUGUACUUGUGACUGGUAUUCAGUUGGGCAUUAUUAAUUAGAGUUUCCUAUUUAGCAGCCCCAUGGGACUGGGUGCAGGAUCAAUCACUACCCCGUAUGUAGUAGUGGACAGUGCUGCCAACGUUAAUCCUCACGUCUGAUUCUCACAGUACUGUCUGAGUCACUCGUUUAGUUGUAGGGUUUGAUACUCGUUCAAACUCAAGGAGAAAUCUUACAAAGUAAUCCUGAAAGCUCUAAAUAUUUGAGCAAGAAACACUGAAAUAUCUCAAGCAUGAAUGCUUGAUAUAUAUCUGCAUGAAACAAGGGCAUUCUGUGUUUACCUAACCUUGUGCUCCUCCAAUUUUUAUAGGUUGUUCUCAGAUGGUGAACAAUCCAGUAUUCAUGGGAAACAAGUCAGUUCUUGUGUGUAGCAGGCCCAAUGUGCAGCUGCUGUACAAUUAAAAUGUAGAAAGAGCUCAAGAGUAUUCAUGAGCAGUUUGGGAAAGUUUCAAACUAAGAGACAGUUAUUCCAACAGAGAUUGCUUUAGUAACAUGUAUGUGUAUUCAUUGCAUUCUGUAAACCAGCUUUGCAUUCAUUCUAAAGUUAGAUAGGGAGGGUUGCUCUUGGCUUGUGCACAGUGGAUAAAGUAGAAUUGCUUAGUCAAGCACACUUCCCACAGUCCUGUGGCCUUGUAAAUAAUAGUGUACAUAUCACUGAUUAUAGUUUGAUAUUGGAGACUGUGACCAACACACAACAAGCUUUGCUUUCCUCACAAAUCAUGGCAUUUAUAGCUGAGAGUAUAUAUAUUGUGCAUUAAGGUAAACAGGGUAUACUAAUAACUGUUGGCAUAGCAAGAUGUACAGUAGAUGCAUAUUCAGCUACAGCAAAUGUUGGAUUCGUUUAGUAAGAUAUUAGUAUUUGGAAGCAUGAUGAUCAUGUUUUGAACACCGGGUUUAAUUUGUAUGAUCAGUGUUAAUUUCUUAGUUAUUUCAGAGCAAAAUUCUGACACUACACUGUUUAGUCAGUUCUAGGAAAGCUCCUGUAUGUGUACUAAAUCAGUGCCUUUUUAGUUAACUUCGAUGAUUAAGCUCCUUUUUUAUGCACCACACAUCUUGCAGAAUUGUCGGUGAGGUAGGAGUGUUUGUCGAGACAGUUCCAAUCACAUUGGUCUAGCCUUCAUUAAGGGCAGGUUGCCUAGUAUAAGCUUUGCAGAAGUGAAUCUUUUGAACAUGUAAAAGUGCAUAUACCCCCGUUUAACAAGUGCUUCAAAAGUGGGUAUAUUGGUUGGUUUUCCAUUUAGGGGUUUUCAUGCCUUUUUUUCUUACUGUUUGGCACCUUUCCCGUACAAGUUUAAGAACAAGAAAUGGUUUGUAAGUUUUAACAAGACAAUGCGUCCGAUUGCUGCCACCUUGUUUUAUGCUCAUUUGAUUAACUUUAUUUGACAUUUAACCACAUUUGUUGCAUUUUUUCAACUACUUAUGGAACCGUUCUGAAAGCUUGACUUCAACUUUGGAUUUAUGUGUGACCCCAGAGGGUUUAUGUGGAGGAGUUAUAAUUGUUAGAGACCUGUAUUGAGCUCGAAUCCCCACAGUCAGGGGAGAGUGGGUCUGAAGAUAGAGAUGAAGUUUCAGAAUUGGCCAUGAUGACUGCUGCAUACAUUGUGUCGCCCAGGUGAAGCCAUUUUCUGCAUAUAUUACUCAGCAGUUCCCUAUAGUUGUUGGUUUCUUAGGAAUUUGUAGGAAUUCACUGAAUGUCAUCAUGCUUAUGCCUUGGAAAUAAUUAUGCUGGUUACAAUAUUAAUCUUAAUUAAGCUAAGUUCAGUUUGCUAUUUAAAACUUUUGUUAAAAUUGAGAGCAAAUUUGUUGAUAGCAUUGUUGGUCAUAAUGUGUCAGAGGUGCUAUGUAGCAGAGCACGUUAGUGACAACCCCGUUCUUUCAUGUGUGCCAGGCCAUAUCUAAUCCACAUUGUUUGACGUUUACUUCAGGAACCCACCAACUUUUAAGAAUUUCACUUUUGAUUUUAAUUGAGUUCUGUCCAUGUUAUUGUAUAUAUUGCAAGAAUGUAAAUAUUACUUGUGAACCUUUUUGAUAAUCAAUACAACCUCAAGUUUGUUAUUUUUACUCGGUUUUAACCUGAUUGGAUAUUAUUUUUGUUUCAGAAAUAUUUAAAUGUAUGAUUCCCUCCCUUGAAUGAAGUGAUUUUUUUACUAUUGGGGAUGAUUUGGGUUUUGGACACUUAGUUAUCUUGCCAUUAGUUUAUACUUUUUAAGAUCAAAUCUACCUUGAAGAAAUCAGCCAAUGAUUGGUGACACAAAGCAGCAUGUUGACUACAGACACUUGCUGUCCUGACAGCCAAAACUCCACAGUCCUCUUAGAUUUCAUUGUCACUACAUUUUGUUCGCAUUCUGUGUCCAUUUGUCAGUUGCUAAUUAUCUUAGCCAUUUGGGGGGUUUUCUGUGAAUUGGAUAUGUACUGAUGUUGUCUUCCACAAGAUGUGACAGUAUGCUAGUAAAUAAGGCUCUGGAAAGCAAACUCAAAUGUGCUGUAUAGUGUUUAAAUUACAAGCUCUUUUUGUGAGAAAUGUAGUUACAUUUUGCAACCACAAUAUAUGUAUAUGUGCACGCUUUUUACAUAAGUUAACAAAAGUUAAGCAUAUUUAUUGCAUCUUUCAUGCAAGUUUUAGUUUCAGAUGUAAAUUGGUACUUAUAAACAAGCUUUGACUGAGAUAAACUCUUUGAUAAAUAUUCUCAGUGGUUAUAACACACAAUACAAUUCUCACCCUUUCCGUAGGCUGUAUAUAUACAAGUACAAGUACUUGUUCAUGGCAUUGGCAUUUUGAAGACUGUGCACAUUGGUUAGUAUGCUGGCUGUAACAAGGACUUGUGAGAUUGGAUUGAAAAGAUCAACAAUAAUGGUCACAAAUCCAUCUGAUUACCAGCUAAUAUCACAAAUAAAUAAACACAGGGAAUUGCUCAGAACUAACUGUAUUGGCUCAGCCAAGACAGGGUAGCAGCUAAAAUGUGUGCUGUAUAUUGCUGCUGACUGGUUCUCCACUAAUCUUGCAAAGCACACUUUUGCUGAGCAUAUACAUAUGUACAUUUAAAGUGCUCAACAACUCUGUGUGAUUGAAUCCAGUUACGUUACUUAGAGCUUUGACAACCAUUUGCUUUUAAAAACUUAGUUUUCCUUGAACCAUCGAUCCAUUGCUUUUUGGAAAUAUAUUAAACCAAGCAAAUUGAUACGAUGUAAAAAUGGUAAAAGAAACUCGUUACAUGAUCUUUAUUUCAUUGUACGUUAAAAAAAAUGAUGGUAGUCAUUUUUUACAGUUUGCAGAAGGGAUGUUGAGUUCUUAGACACUCCAGUGUCCUCAUGCUCAUGCUCUACAGUAAACAUCAAAUAAGUUGAAUCCAGUACUUUGUGAACUGGAGCUUGUGGCUGAAUACUACUUUCUGUAAUCUACAUUGUUAUUAACAAUUUAAUCUCAAAGAUUACUGCCUGUUAUUGCUGCACCAAUUCCUACUGAUGAUGCUGUUCAUGUAUCUUGUAUUCGUAAUUAAAUGUUAACAUGUAGUUGCCUGCAGGCCAAAUAUAAUAAGUUCAAUGCUGGACAAUAAAGCACUUCAAAAGCCUAAAAU